CGUGGCCUGAUCUCUGGGACGGAAGCGGCCUAGCGCGCUGAGUUGUUGCCGGAAACGACCCGGGUUUUUAGUACCGGAAGUGCUGCGACUGUCGCUGUAUGACUUAAGCAUCUACCGUAGUACCCUGUGGGAGACUGCGAUGGCCAGCGCCGCCGGGGCAGGCCGCAUCCUGGCUCCGCCGGUGGAGCAGCUCCGGCACUUGGCAGCGCAGCUGCGGCUGCUGCUGCCUGGAGUGCGGGUUGGCGAAGCCCGGGAGACCACCGAGGAAUUCAAUCCAGAGGUGUUUUGGAGAAGACUCACUUUUAACCUUUUCGCUCUACUGGGGCACUUGCCUCCAUCUCUGCCACCCCCAGAUGAAGCCGCAGUGAAAGUGUCAGGGGAAGCCACUACUCUAACCACAGUCUUCUCUCGACUCCCAGUGCCAUCUCCACAGGAAACCCAAAGGAUCUGUGAACAAGUCCAUGUUGCCAUCAAGGCAGUUAUUGCAGUAUACUAUUCACUUCCUAAGGAUGAGGGAAUCACUCUGAGAAAGCUGGUGCGGAGUGCCGCUGUGGACAUUGUGGAUGGCAUGGCUCAGCUCCUGGAAGUGCUGCUUCUCCCUCCAGCUCAGAGUCCUGAGAACAGUGACCUUAUUUCCUGCAACAGCGUCUGGGUUGCGUGCGAGCAGGUGCCCAAGAUACCAAAAGAUAACAAAGCUGCAGCCCUUUUAAUGCUGACCAAGAGUGUAGAUUUUGUGAAGGAUGCACAUGAAGAAAUUGAGCAGGCUGUGGAAGAAUGUGACCCUUACUGUGGUCUCUUGAAUGAUUCUGAUGGGGACAACUCUGACAGCCACAAUGCUGAGAACAGUGUGUUGGGGUUUCCAAGCAAUCAGGACUCAUACUGGUCAGAGGAAGAUCAAGAGCUCAUAAUCCCAUGCCUUGCAUUGGUGAGAGCAUCCAAAGCUUCCCUCAAGAAAAUCCGGAUCCUAGUGGCAGAGAAUGGGAAGAAGGAUCAGGUGGCCCAGCUGGAUGACAUUGUGGAUAUUUGUGAUGAAAUCAGCCCCAGUGUGGAUGAUUUGGUGCUGAGCAUAUAUCCACCUGUGUGUCACCUCACUGUGCGGAUCAAUUCUGCAAAACUGGUGUCUGUUUUAGUAAAGGCACUUGAAAUUACAAAAGCAAGUCAUGUGACUCCCCAGCCAGAAGAUAGUUGGAUCCCUUUGCUCAUUAGUUCUGUGGACCACUGCAUGAACAGAAUUAAGGAGCUCACUCAGCGUGUCACCCAAUCAUGAGAGUUCGUGCUGUUCUUAUUCCCCUCUCGCGACCAGAGCCAAGCUCUAGUGUCUACUUUUAGAAAUGGAGUUAUAAUAGAAUGCUUGCUGGAUGGAAAUGAAGGUCCUGUCUGGAUUUAACCAGAGAUUAUCAAGAUUGUUAGCUGGGCCAGAUUGGCAGUUAUUUAUAAACCAUAAGAGUGUGACAUAUUUCUGUGCUAGGCAGAAAAGAAAUUUAUAUGAAUUUGUGCUCCCAAACUGUCUUAGAGAUUCUUAGGGAAGGUGUUGUGGUCAUUUGACAUUUAUUGUUUUAUUGUUAAAGAUUUUGAUGAUCUUAAUAAAAUGCAAACCUGCCAGUGAAAAUGA